AUGUCUGUCCUGUCCCGCUUCAUCGGCCAGUCCUUCCGCAUCCCCGCCCCACCUCUCACAGAGAAGAACUUACCCGACCAAACCGGCCGCGUUGUGGUUGUCACAGGAGGCUAUGCAGGCGUCGGCUACGAGUUGACCAAGAUCCUCUAUCAACGCAACGCCACCGUCUACGUCGCUGGCCGCAGUCCGAAGAAAGCUGCGGAGCGGAUAGCUGAGAUUGAGAAGGCUGUCCUGGGGAGCAAAGGACGUCUAGAAUUCUUGCAACUUGAUCUGGGAGAUCUGAGGACCAUCAAGGGCAGUGCGGAGGCGUUUUCGGGGAAGGAGGAGAGGUUGGAUGUACUCAUCAACAAUGCUGGCGUAAUGAACGUCCCAGCCGGCUCAACAACACCCCAAACCCACGAACUCCAACUCGGAACAAACUGCCUCGGACCCUUCCUCUUCACCCAACUCCUAACGCCUCUCCUCAAAAGUACGGCAGACAGCUCGCCCCCCGGCUCCGUCCGUGUGAGCUGGGCCGGAAGUCUAGGCAUCGACGUUCAGUCCCACAAUCCAGGCGGAAUCGAAAUGAAUUCCACGACCCACGAGCCUGUAACAACGGACUCGAAAGGCAAACCCAAGGACCCGAUGAGGAACUAUGGCCAGAGCAAAGUCGGGAAUCUUUUCCUGGCUUCACAGUAUGCUGUCCACCACCCCAUCUCCCCGGAAACGGGCAAAGGUGUCAUCAGCAAUGCAUUCAAUCCCGGCAACCUGAAAACGGAACUCCAGCGUCAAAUGCGUGGUAUCAUGAUGGCGCUGAUCAGUCUGUUCAUGCUGUUCCCGGCGGUCUUUGGGGCGUAUACGGAACUUUUCGCUGGAUGGUCGGAGGAGAUGGGGAGGCGGGAGAGGAAUGGUGGGUAUGUAGUUCCUUGGGGACGGGCGGGGGAUGUGAGGGGUGAUAUUCAGAAGGAGGUUGAGAUGGGUGUAAAAGGAGGGGAGGGUAGAGCGGUGGAGUUCUGGGAGUGGUGUGAUCGGGAGACUAGGGAGUUCAUGUAG